AUGGCCAUUAUACGGAAGUUGUUGAUCUUCGCAUCUGCGAAAGGUCUCAUUGUCCAGGCGCAUGGUCCGGUUGAGCAUCACAAGGCAAUACACUUCGAGUUUAGAUCAUCUCGAGUGACAGAAUGUCCACACGAUGAGGCUGCUCAGUACAGGAAAGCACCAUCGCUGGAAGCUCACGGCUUGCUUGGCAUUUUCACGAUUGCUUCUUCUUCGUUUCUCAUAGCCAUCACUGGCCGAGAGCAGGUUGCGCAGAUAUUUGGGAAGCCAAUAUUCGUAGUCACGGAUGUCGAGUUCCUGCCUUUGUCUUCGCAAGAAGCUGCUUCAAAGUCAUUGAGCAGGGCUUCGGCCACCAAGUCGGACCACAAGCAGGGCUCAGAAUCUGAUGCGAGUGACUCUGACUCAGAUUCUCCUACGGCACAGCAUGCAGACGACGCUCGAGGUCCACCAACCGAUGACGAACAAGAUCUGCCACGAUCAGCAUCCGCCACUAGUAUCGCUCAAGAUGUGCUCACUAAGAAAGGCAACUUUGGACGUUUCGCAACGCAGUGGUUCUCGAGACAGGGCUGGAGUUCCAGUGGAGGUGCUGACCAGGCUUCUGAGAACAACUCAUCGGCCGCGUCUGCGAAGGGAGACAGGGUCGCUCACGGGGAUGCUCAAGAGGCGGCGAAAGCAGCAGCCGUGGAUGCCCCGACGACAAGCCCAAGCGCUGGAACGAAUCAGGGGGCUACCGCGGCUCGAGAAGAAGUCGCGGCCAUGAUUCCAAAAAUUCUACGUGUGACCAAACUGAUUCUGACCUCAAGAAGCUGCUUCUUCAGCUACGAAUAUGACUUGACGAGAAGGAUGCAGUUGCUCCAGGGGAGAGCAGUCCCUCCAUCGAGAUCAACCAUGGACUCGCUGUUCUUCUGGAACCAGAAUAUCUCCCGCCCGCUGCUGGAAGGUGGACAUGAUUCGUUCCUGAUGCCUAUCAUUAUGGGUUUUGUCGGGCAACGCACCUUUGUGGUGAAGAAGUCCGAGGCUGGGAGUCCUGAGGCGGCGAAUGUCAUUUCCGUUGAUGAGGCGGCUUCACAGCCGGAUGAAGCUAGUCAUGCUAUUGCUCACGCUAAAGCUGGGCUCGCAAGCCUGAAAGGCGAUAUCGAGACCUUCUUACUGACACUGAUAUCUCGGCGAUCGAUCAAGCGUGCUGGUCUCAGGUAUCUGAGGCGCGGGAUUGACGAUGAGGGCAACUGUGCCAACAAUGUCGAGACAGAGCAGAUCUUGUCAACUCCUACCUGGGACAGCAACCGUGCAAUACGGUCAUUCACCCAAGUCCGAGCAUCAAUACCACUGUACUUUUCACAGUCUCCAUACUCGUUCAAGCCAAUGCCGACGCUGCAACAGUCGGAGGCUGCGAACCGAGACGCGAUGAAGAAGCACUUCGAAGCUCUGGUCAAGCGGUACGGCAAAGUCCAGACAGCUGUCCUCGUUGACAAGCACGGCACAGAAGUGGCAAUAGGCGAGGCAUACGAGAAGAAUCUUAAGGCUCUUAUGGAAUCCAAGGACUUGCAGAGUGUGGAUUGGGAGUGGUUUGAUUUCCACGCCGAAUGUCGCGGGAUGCGAUUUGAGAAUGUUCAGCGUCUGGUAGACAAACUUGAAGACAAUAUCGAGAAAUUUGGCGAAUCUGUCGUACAUGAUGGUCAGAUCGUAUCUCAGCAGAAAGGCAUUAUCCGGACAAAUUGUAUGGAUUGCCUCGACAGGACGAACGUAGCCGAGAGCGCGUUUGGACAGCAUAUACUGCAGAAGGCAUUGUCCCAGGAGGGCUUCGCCAUCGACCUAGUUCGGGAUGAGACGAGACGUGACGCUAUAUCGAGACAAUAUGCUGGCACGGCUGCUCUGAAGGGUGACUUUACAAGAACACGCAAGCGAAACUACCAAGGUGCGCUCAACGACUUCAGCCUGACCCUGACUCGAUACUACAAUAACAUGGUCAACGACUACUUCUCCCAGGCGGUGAUCGAUGUGAUGCUCGGCAACUUGUCCUGGACAGCAUUCGAGGACUUUGAAAGCACUCUGAUGAGCCAGGAUCCCGGCAUCUCGAUCAACCGAAUCCGCGAAAGUGCAAUCGAAACCUGUCGACGUCUUGUGGUCCAGGACGAGAGCGAGGACAUGAUCCAUGGUUGGACGAUGCUUGCACCAGCGAUCGAAAACACCCUACGAACUCUACCAUUUCGAGAAGCGGUCGUGCUGCUGACCGACGCCGCCAUCUACUGCUGCAAAUUUGACUGGACAACUGAGAAGGUUGCCUCGUUCGAGAAGAUUGACUUAAGAUCAAUCAUCAAAGUCCGCUAUGGCGCAUACAUCACUUCGACCUUUACUGAACGUCAAAGAGAUGAAGAGAUGAACGUUGGCAUUGUGAUAAUUUACAAGCCGAGCCACGGCAGCAUGAUCAGGACCAAUACGCGUUCUCUCCAGAACUCUGUCGAUCCCUCGCACGACCGCAUCGAUGGAGGCACGGGAGUGCUCUCUUGGCUGGCACCGAAGCAGUCGGCUACGUCGAGGGCGCUUGCGGUAAAGGUGAUUCCACCGACUGCAGACCGGAAGCGAGGCACCACCGGCUCCAUAUCCGAGCACAAGCCAGGUACGGCCGAACUAGCAGAGCAGAUUGUUGAGGAGGUACGCAGGGCCAUCGUUGGCGAUAGUAAAGAAGAGCAGGGCAAGGUUGAGAUUGAGAAGGGAGAUGUGAUCAGCUUGGACGAGGCGAAGAAGCGGACAGGCUAUCUGGAGCAAAUUGGGCAUUCAUUGAAGAGGUUGGUUUGGGCGUAG